AUGAAUGUGUUGGCUCAUUGUAGAGUAUAUCCGCUCUCCACGUUUUACGACCCUACUGCAAUCAGCAUAGAUUGGCUGUAUAAGGAUCUUUUUGGAAAGACUGUUUUUGAUUUUGAUGAAGACGACAGCACUUCUAAUCUAGAGUCUUCAAAACGAAAGCUAGGACCGAUCGCCUUUUUACACUUGAUAGAGCACACCUUUAAAGUUUCGACGUUCAAACUCAAUCUGCUGAAAAAGCUGGUGCAAUCAUCGCCAAGUCAGAGUUUCGUGCUGAUCAUCGAUGUGAUGUCCUGCUGGCACGAACUGAUACCGAGCUUAUCUGUUGAAGACAGAAGCGCGGUUUACAUGAACUCAUCUUCACUUUUGCAUUUCGAUGCACUGGUGAAUUUUCUGUCACAGCUCAAUGAGAACCCACCGGAAGCCCUAUCGCGCUGCCAGAGCCCUGUUAACAUGCAGCACCAACUCGCUGGCAUCGUGAUAGACAAUAUAUCCUACUAUACCCAUGACUCGGCCUCCUACGACUUGCUUUUCAAGUUGUUGCGCAUGCUGAGGAAAAAAUACGGAUGCUACACAGUGACAGUUGGAUAUGGUCUAGAGUUUUAUAACGGGGUCGAACAGCAACAGCCACUGGCUCCUUCCCAGGGUUAUGAUAUCCCUACGCGACUCCCAAUGUCGUAUGUUAAAAACAUGGACUGUGUCGUCCUUCGAGAAACAGACGAACUGGCCAGAACAGUGUAUCUGAGAAACUCUUAG